AUGGUCACCUUGAACGUCGAAGGGAAACCUGUAAACUUCCUGGUCGACACGGGAGCCACUUUUUCUGUUUUAACGCAGCCUCGGGGGCAAAUCCAAAAGGCAACCACGAAGAUCGUAGGGGCAACGGGUAAGGCCGAAACAUAUCCCUGGACGGCAGCCAGGAUUACCAACUUGGGGCAAGGGACUAUUACUCACUCUUUUCUAGUUAUUCCAGACUGUCCAUUUCCGUUACUCGGGAGAGAUUUGUUACAGAAGCUCCAUGCUACCAUAAGCUUCAGUCCAGCAGAAACAUCGGAAGGAACCAGUUUGAAGGUAACAGUUCCCUUAUCUGAAGAAUACCUGCUGACGGUACUCCCAGACGGUGAGAAAGAUGGGAGUACAGCGCUGGGAAAUCUGCAGACCCGAGUACCAGGGGUGUGGGCGGAAACGAACCCGCCAGGGCUGGCUGUCCACCAGGUACCGGUACUAGUCCAGUUGGCCAGCAAUGCGCAGCCGGUCCGGAUCAGACAAUACCCGGUCCCGGCACGGGCCAGACAGGGGAUUGCGGGACACUUACAACGCCUACUAGAGACUGGCAUUCUGCGAAAAUGCCAGUCCGCAUGGAACACCCCCCUUCUCCCCGUCCAAAAGCCAGGAACCCAAGACUACAGGCCGGUGCAGGACUUGCGGGAGGUAAACGCCCGAGUCGAAACAAUACACCCUACUGUGCCAAACCCGUAUACUCUCCUGAGCUCGUUGCCCCCAACCCAUACCUAUUAUUCUGUCUUAGAUUUAAAAGACGCCUUCUUUUGCAUACCACUGGCCGCCCAGAGCCAGGACAUUUUUGCCUUUGAAUGGAAUGACCCUGAGAAUGGACUGGUGGGGCAAUUCACGUGGACCAGGCUGCCCCAAGGGUUUAAGAAUUCACCAACCAUUUUCAAUGAGGCUCUAAGUAAAGAUCUCCAGGAGUUCAGAGGGACCCAUCCAUCAGUAGUUCUCCUUCAGUACGUAGAUGACAUCCUGGUAGCAGCCCGGACACAGGAGGACUGUGAAUCAGCUACACUGGACCUGCUCCAGGACCUUGAGAGGAUGGGCUACCGAGUGUCAGCUAAGAAGGCUCAGAUCGCAACACAAACUGUAAGUUACCUGGGGUAUGACCUGAAAGGAGGGCUGAGGGCUUUGUCGAAGCAGCGGGUCCAGGCAGUCCUGCAGAUUCCAGAGCCGACCACCAAGAGACAGGUACGAGAAUUUCUAGGGGCUGUAGGCUACUGCAGAUUGUGGAUACUAGGUUUUGCGGACAUAGCAAAACCCCUGCAUGACUUAACCAGAGGCAAGGAAGAUUCCUUUGUGUGGACUGAGGAGGGGAGGCGAGCAUUCCUGGCCUUGAAGGAGGCCUUAGUCUCAGCCCCAGCCCUAGCCUUGCCUGAUUUGACCAAGCCUUUCCAGCUAUAUAUCGCUGAGAAGGAGGGUACGGCCCUAGGUGUUCUGAGCCAGACUCUCGGCCCAUGGAAGAGGCCUGUGGCCUAUCUGUCCAAAAAGCUCGACCCAGUAGCGUCAGGAUGGCCGGCCUGUUUGAGAGCUAUUGCAGCCACGUCGCUACUGGUCAAGGAAGCAGGCAAAUUGACCCUGGGGCAGGACAUACAGGUCAUAGGAGAACAUUACGUCGAACAGGUCCUACGGUCCCCCCCAGACCGGUGGUUAUCUAAUGCGCGGCUGACACAGUAUCAGGCACAGCUGCUGAACCCUCCUGCGGUACAGUUCCUUAAGACUACUGCCCUGAAUCCAGCCACCCUGCUGCCAGUACCAGACUCCACUGUGGUUCACAGUUGUGAGCAGAUCCUCAGCACAGUAACUGGCUCCCGCCCGGACUUAAAAGAUCAGGCACAUGAAAAGGCGGAUCUAACCCUCUUUACUGAUGGGAGCAGCUUUGUCAAGGAUGGACAGCGGUAUGCAGGGGCAGCAGUGACCACCGAAGAUAAGGUCCUGUGGCAAAAGGCACUGCCUGCAGGGACUUCUGCACAGAGGGCAGAGCUAAUAGGGCUGAUCAGGGCCCUAGAGAUAGCUGAGGGAAAAGUUGCCAAUAUCUACACUGACAGCCGCUAUGCUUUUGCCACCGCCCACAUUCAUGGAGCUAUCUACAGAGAGAGAGGUCUCCUGACUGCAGGAGGAAAAGACGUUAAAAACUGUGAAGAGAUUCUCUCCCUCCUAGAAGCUAUAUGGUUACCCAAGAAAGUUGCCAUUAUCCAUUGUAGAGGCCACCAGAAAGGAAAUACUCCAGUCGUAAAAGGAAACAAUCUGGCUGAUACAGCUGCCAGGGAAGCCGCUAUAAGCCCAAAGAGUAGCCUGCUUCCCCUAGUACCCCGCCCAGAGUUGCCCCCGAGGCCCAUAUACUCUACAGAAGAAGAGCACGAUGGAGAAAAAUUAGGAGGAACGAAAAAUAAAAAUGGAUGGAUAGUGCUCCCAAACGCCAAAUUAUACUUGCCACAAGGAGUGCUAACAAAAAUUGCCCAGGACAUUCACACUAGCACUCAUUUGGGACAGAACAAAUUAGAACUGUUAAUCCGGAAGUAUUACCUGGGACCACACCUAAGAGAAAUAAUUCACUCCAUCACCUCGCGGUGCAAGAUCUGUGCGAAAGUGAACGCACAGAACCAGAAAUUACCCCGCUUCGUUAGGCAUCGAGGGAGUGCCCCAGGAGAGCUAUGGGAAAUUGAUUUUACUGAAAUGCCUAAAGGAAAGUCAGGUUAUAACUACUUGCUAGUUUUGGUAGAUACCUACUCUGGAUGGGUAGAAGUUUUUCCCACUAGGAGAGAGACCGCAUCUACAGUUUGCAAGAUUUUAGUGAGAGAGAUUAUACCUAGAUAUGGAAUACCUAUAGCCAUAGGAUCUGACAAUGGUCCAGCAUUUGUAUCCAAAAUCUCACAAGAAUUAGCAAAUAGAUUAGGUAUUAAUUGGAAGCUCCAUUGUAUUUAUAGACCACAGAGCUCAGGGCAGGUGGAAAGAAUGAAUAGAACAUUGAAAGAAACUUUAAUAAAAUUAAGAGAAGAGACCGGCGAAAAUUGGGUAGAGCUUAUCCCUUUCGCCCUCUUUCGGGUGAGGUGUACCCCCUAUAUUAAGGGUUGGGCACCUUUUGAAAUACUGUAUGGGCAGCCAAUACCCCUGAUCCCCAAGCUGACCACAGAAGAGAUAGAAGUUACUAACCAUAACUUCCUCAAGUCCUUACAGGCGCUGCAAGGAAUUCGGAGUGAAGUGCGUGCCUUCCAACAAGCCCAACGUCUAGAAUCAGAAGAAAAACAGCAAGAGAAGUCGGAACAGCCGGAGCCUGGACAGUGGGUAUGGAUCCUUAAUCAUCGGAGGGGAAACCUAGAACCUCGCUGGACAGGACCAUAUCAGGUACUGUUGAGCACACCCUCCGCUGUACGAGUAGCAGAGAAACCCUACUGGAUCCAUCUGUCCCACAUUAAGGCAGCCCAACCACCUGAAGAAGAAGAACCACGGACAUGCCUAGAACAGCGGGAGUGGGUGCUUAUAAGAACUGCUGAUGGGACCGUAAUCGCCACUAACUAUACAUUGGGAAGCGCCCCCGUUACCUUAAGAGCAGACUUCUCGCGAUUCUUUGAGGAAAAACUCUGUGAUCAUGGUAGACUUUUCUCUACCCACCCGCAUAAGCCCAGCCCCCUUGAAGGGGUUUCUAAAGGGUUAGGGAACACUUGUGAGGAUGAUGGGGAAGAAGACUUAAAUCGGGACUUGUUCUAUACCUCCUAUUACGGGUGUCCGGAGCCCCCUCCUGGGAAGCGGUACACAUGUGGAUCACACGGAGAUUAUUACUGCAAGGCCUGGGGCUGUGAGACCCUUACUGAUGGUGGCUGGAGUCCAGGAGGAGGAAAGGAUAAACACAUUCUCCUCACCCGAGAUAAAAGCAGGGCACCAAGAAAUAUGGGAGAUACAACCUGCAAAGCAGGCAGAUGCAACCCUACUUCUGUAAUAGUUUUGAACCCAGGAGACCCUGAGUGGAUAAAAGGCCGCACCUGGGGUCUCCGGCUUUAUGUGACAGGCAUAGAUCCAGGAACUUUCUUUACAAUUAAACUGCUACCUACCCGCGGAAGGCCGCUACUGAGGGGAGGUGCAGGGAGAUUACCACCACGACCACCAAAGCCGGCCCCUAGCCCAGGAGGAGGGGUCCCCUCAGCGGCCCCAACACCCGCAGAGGUUAGUACCAGCCAGAAUGAGACCAAGGGACUAUCACAAUUAAAUGACUCAAGGCCUCCCCUGGGAGAUCGAGACCCCUAUGCUAAGAAACCGCACCAUAAAGGAGAGUCAGCAUUAAGCCUGUUAGAGCAGGUAUUUCCUUACUUUAACAGCACCCAGCCCAACAUAACCGAGUCUUGCUGGCUGUGCCUCAGCCCUAGACCCCCAUUCUAUGUAGGCUUAGGAGCUAAUACCACUGGAGAUAACGAGACUGAGACAAAAACCCUUUCCACAGACAACCAGACAAAAGACUUACAACAGUGUGCAUAUGAGGGUACCCUUACAUUGGCAGAAUUCCAUGGACAAGGAACUUGUUAUUUGUUAGCAAACUAUACCCUGGCAACCUCGAACUACAGUGAUUAUUGUCUCAACCAAGUGCACUUGCCGGGGAAUUCUGCUAAUUUAACUGUUACAGAAGCUCGUGAAGGACUAUGGUUUGUCUGUACCCAAGGUAUCUUUAAGUGUCUAGUACCAACAAACCCUGAGCUAUGUGUUAGCGCUUAUAUCAUUCCCCAGGUAUACCUGUAUGGGGGGAAUCCUGAUUUUCUAAUACAAGCCCCCUCCCGAGUCAAGCGAGUCCCAUUGUUAAUUCCUAUCGUCGCCACCAUCGGUGUUAUAGGAUCGGCUGCGGUAGGGACAGGGGCGUUAAUCCAGGGAGAAAAUAGUCUCAGAACAUUAUCACAAACUUUCUCUAAAGACCUCUCCUUGCUUCAAGAGCAAGUAGAAUAUCUAGAACGUCAGGUAGACUCCCUGGCAGAAGUAGCGCUCCAGAAUCGAAGGGGGCUAGACCUAGUUUUCCUACAACAAGGAGGGGUAUGUGCAGCCCUAGGAGAAGAUUGUUGUUUCUAUGCCAACCAUUCAGGAAUAAUUAGAGAAAGCAUAAAAGUGCUCACCAAGCGGCUCAAAGACAGAGAGCAAGAAAGUGAGUCGUCCUCCUGGUAUUCUUCCCUAUAUAAGACCUCACCCUGGCUGACCACACUGAUAUCAGCCUUGGCUGGACCUCUAAUUCUCCUUCUAUUGGCUCUGACUAUAGGACCAAUAAUUCUGAAUAAGCUUCUAGCUUUUAUUAAAGAUAGAGUUGAGACAGUGAAACUCAUGGUUUUGUCUCAGCCCUAUACAAUCCUUCCACAAGAAGAACAUGAGUCAAAGGUUUGA